CGACUGGGCUCAGCGAUGAUGGGGAAACCUCCUCCGACGUCGAUUGCGCCUUAUGGGGCGGCAACUCAUCAUGACUUGUGUCAAUCAACCCCUCCCGACGCCGGCGCACAAGUUGCCGUUUGGAAAAAGAGGCUGCUCACAGGAGCGAUGCCAUUUGUGUUUCAAAACGAGGGAUGCAUUACAAACCAUUACGCCUACUCCUGAGUUGUUGCAAUCGAUUUUUUUCACUCAUUUCUGUUAGAAUGUACUAGAAGUGCCUUCAAGUUCCUUAUGGCAUUACUUCGAGUUCCCAGUGGUUCGCUGUCAUGUCUUUCAACAAUCGCAUCUCCAACGAUGCAUUUCCGCAUUCGGAACCCUCUUCCGAGGUAAGCACGGCAACGCAACAGAAAGAGACCACAGUCGUCAACGAGAGUGAAGGUGUCGAGAUCGAAUCACGUCCUCAAGAUGGCGGCCGUCUGGCAUGGCUUCAGGUUGCGGGCUCAUUCUUCCUAUUUUUCAACACAUGGGGUAUCUUGAGUUCCAACGGCGUCUUCCAAGCAUAUUACCAAGAAAACAUGAAGCAUGUGCCCGCCGACUCAAUAGCCUGGAUCGGCUCUAUCCAGUCCUCCCUCCUCCUUUUCACCGGCGUACUUGUCGGCCCCCUCUACGACGCAGAUUACUUCCGUAGCCUCACCUUCACAGGCAUCACCCUCAUCUUCCUCGGCAUGACCAUGACUAGCAUCGCGACGGCGUACUGGCAGGUCCUUCUCGCACAAGCAUUCUGUGUCGGCCUGGGCUCCGGGUGCAUCUAUAUCCCCUCCGUCUCCAUCAUCCCGCAGUACUUUUCUGAGCGCCGCGCACUCGCCACAGGCAUCGUCGCCACAGGCAGCUCCCUCGGUGGUGUCGUGUACUCACUGAUCUUCCAGAGCCUGUACCCGCGCGUGGGCUUCCCCUGGGCGACGCGGGUCCUCGCCUUCAUCUCCCUCGCUACAAACGCGUUUGCCUUCAGCGUCCUACGGCAGCGUCGCAGGGUCGACUCUGAGUCCGAUGAUGAAGGCGCCGGGAAGCGGAAGCGCCGCGUCAUGUUGGAUCUUUCUGCGUACCGAAACGUCUCGUUUGUCGUCUUUUCCGCAGCCAUGUUCUUCAACUUCUUCUCGUACAUGGCGCCCAUCUACUAUCUUCAACAAUACUCCCUCGCACACGGCCUAUCAAGCCCAGGCUCUUCGAAACUAGCGUAUUACCUAGUCGCGAUUCUCAACGCGGGCUCGAUCCUCGGCAGAGUCUUCCCCGCCUGGCUCGCCGGCCACUUUGGACCCAUCAAUGUUCUCCUCAACACUGUCUCCGUCUCCAUCGCCGCCGUUGCGCUGAGCUGGCUGGCCGUGCAUGACGCCGCGGGCAGCGUCGCUUUUGCCCUCGCCUACGGCUUCGCCUCUGGUAGGCUCGUCUCGCUUCCGCCUACCGUCAUCUCGAGUCUCGUGCCUGACCUCAGCUUGCACGGCACGUGGCUGGGAAUGCUGUGCACAACCAAUGCGUUCGGAUCAUUAGCUGGACCGCCGAUCGCGGGUGUCUUGCUCCAAGCUACUGGUGGUUACCUGGGUGUGCAGUUGCUAUCGGGACUCGGCAUGGUGGCAAUGACGAUAUUGAUGUUGGCUUUGAGAGUUACGCUUGUCGGCAAGCAGCAGUCUUGGAAGGUAUAAGCAACGUAAGGCUCACUGAUGUGAGGUCAGACUCCCUUUUCCAGUUGGGAAGCAAACUAAGGCCAUGCCGAUUUUCUCGGGAAAGGUUGGACGUAACGCCUCCCAACACGAAAAGGUUAUUAACUAAUGUAUACACUACAGCAAUGAUAACAUGAAUCACAACACAUACUCGUAAAUUGAAG